AUGCGAUUAUUAUUGUUCAUUUAUUUCCAAGCACUGAUUAUCAUUAAUUUCACUCAUGAAUGGAGUGACAGUGGUAAAGUUAUGCAAAAUGACAAUCUACAGUUAAAAAAUAGUUUAUUACAGAAAAUUACUCAAGUAUCAAAUAUGACAAGAUUAAAGAAGAAGAAAAGAACAACUACCAGUGCUAGCUUCACAAUGACAACUGUGUCACAUGAUCCGAUAUACGAGCAUGCUUAUUACAAGAGUUCGUGGGGAUUUCUUAACAAACAUACCGUACGUGUUACAUUUCAACUGUUUGGUUCACUUCAGCCAAAGUCAAGUGAUUAUAUGAAAUAUAUUGCUCGACAUAUCCAUAGUGGAACAUUACGUGAAUAUUCAAUUCAACCAUAUAAAUCUAACAAAAACAACACAAACACAAUUCAUUUGCAGGAUAUUGAACAUGGGAAACAUUCGAUUUGUUUACUCAUUUAUGCAUCACGAUCGCUAAAUAGUGUGGACAAACAGCUAGCAAAAGAACCGAAGAAUAUAUUUUGUCAAGAUAUCUAUUUUAAUUAUCAUAGAUACGGACAUUUAGAGCACACUGGAGCAGGUGAUGCAAAUGCUGUAUUUUUCAUGAUAACACAGUACGCUAUUGUUAGCGUAAUACUUUUUAUUUUACAAAUUGCAUAUUCCAUACAAAAAUAUCGAAAGUUAAAAACUAUGCAUCAUCAUAUUUUUCCUAAAUUAAAACACGCUAUAUCUUCAGAAUCGUUUGAAACCCAUAAAAAAGGUAUGCUGAGAAUGUUUCAAGCAAUACUGACACAUAAACAACCAAUAAUACAACGAGGUGUACGUGAUUAUGAUACAGGUAAACACCAACUCAGACAACAAAUAGUCAAAGACGUCGGAAACAAAACGAUGCCGUCGAAACGAGUGAGAGAUAUAUCAGUCUAUGAUGCAAGUAAAACGACGCUAUUACCCAAUAAAAGACUUUACGUUGUUCCUGAUACUAAAGAUCCGUCUUCAAAAACAACAUGGACAAAAAUGAAUAUAAAUUCAUCUUCUGAAAAACAUUAUACACCCGCUUACAAAACUCAUCUUUUAUUACCAAGUCCUUAUUCGUCUUAUUCAAAUUCGUCAUCUUUAUCACAACAACCAUAUGAACAUGAUGAUGAUGAUGAUAAUGCAGUGACCUUUGAAGUGGGUGAUACUAGUGGAAUCGAAGAUGAAAAUGGUUUUCAUUCUAACAUUGUAUCCUAUGACGAGCAGACACCCAGUUUUCAAUCAAUGGCACAUAUACUAGACGCCUCGAAACCAUGGUCGCCAAGACUAUCGUUAGUGCCUAAGAAGGCUAAUGGUGAUCAUAAGUGA